AUGUCCACAGACGAAGUUAACAUCGACGCUGCUUCCUUAGAAGAAUUGAGAGAUAUUCUCAUCAAUAAAACAGGAGAUACCAAAUUGGCUAAUAGGUACAGAGCUUUAUUCAACUUAAAGUCUGUUGGAAGUGAGCAUUCAGAUAAAGAAAAAGCUCACAAAGCAAUCAAGUACAUUGCCGAAUGUUUUAACGAUGAAUCUGAAUUAUUAAAGCAUGAAGUUGCUUACGUUUUGGGCCAAACUAAAGAUUUAUAUGCUGCCCCAUUUUUACGUGAAGUGUUGGAAAACGACAACCAGCAAUGUAUGGUUAGACACGAGGCUGCCGAAGCGCUUGGUGCUCUUGGUGAUAAAGAAUCUUUACCAUUGUUAGAAAAGUAUUUUAAGGAUGAUCCUUCCUUGGAAAUUAGACAAACUUGUGAGUUGGCCAUUGAGAGAAUACACUGGGAAAACUCAGAAAAGGCAAAAAGUGAAGUUUUGGAGAAAUCAUUGUACACAUCGAUAGACCCAGCACCACCUUUGGCCACAAAUGACUCCACAUCUAAAGUAGAAAAGUUGAAGGAAAUCUUAAAUGACCAAGACAAGCCAUUGUUUGAAAGAUAUAGAGCAAUGUUUAGAUUGAGAGACAUCGGUACUGAUGAGGCAUGCUUAGCCUUGGCUUCUGGUUUUGAUGAUCCAAGUGCUUUAUUCAAGCAUGAAAUAGCUUAUGUUUUUGGUCAAAUGUGUAAUCCUGUCACCGUUCCUUCAUUAAUCAAGGUCCUAAAAGAUGAAUCACAAGCAGGAAUGGUGAGACAUGAAGCUGCUGAAGCGUUGGGUUCAAUUGCCACUGACGAAUGUUUGCCAGUAUUGCAAUCAUUCCUUAAUGAUUCUGAGCCAGUGGUUAGAGACUCUGCAAUUGUUGCAUUAGAUAUGUAUGAAUAUGAAAACUCCAAUGAGCUAGAAUAUGCAACAGUAAAAUAA